GGAGGAAACGUCGUGGAGAGUGGAGAGAAAGUGGCGGUGGCGUGUGGCAUUACCCGUCGCCCCCGUCGCAUAUCAUAUGAUGCUGAUUUCACCCUUCGUGUGAACAAAAACGCACGGCUCCGUGCGCGUUUUGUGUCUUUACGUUGCUUGUUGCAGGUUUGGUUCUUGUUCCAGUGUGCCCUCGUCUCCUUUGCGGACUACCGCAGCAAUAACCCGCGAAGAUGGUCGCGGGGAUUUUUCUCGUGACUACGCUUUUGUGCUUUACGGCAGCCAACAGCCUGCCAUUAAUCCAGCCGUCCGAUGAAGUAUGUCAGACCCUGAGCACAUCAUGUCAAGACCUGUGGGUCGCGUCCGGAUGCAAGAAAGUCAAAACUUGCAUAACCGAAGUGUGGGAAAAGCUGGAGGUCCCUCUUGACAACAGCAAUGUAUGCAAUAUCUGCAAAGAAAUGGUAAAAGAAGCCAGAGAUCAACUUCUGAGCAAUGAAACUCAGGAGGAACUCAAAGAAGUCUUGGAAGGCAGCUGUAACCUCAUACCUGUUGGAUUUAUCUCAAAGAUGUGCAGGCAAGUUGUCGACAGCCUUAUUCCUGACCUGAUCGACAUGCUCGUCUCGAGAAUGGACCCUAAUCAAGUGUGCAGCAUUUCUGGCCUCUGCAAUCCUGACUUCAUGACCCAAGGACUUCAAACCAAGCUGCAGCAAAGCCUGCUUCUUUCUUCUUUCCAGUCUCGCGUUUUCUUGCCUUCGAGCGAGGCCAGCACAUCUGUUGUGGCAACUAAGAAGAGCUCCGAUUGUGUGUUGUGCAAGGAUGCCAUGAAGUACUCGAAGAAAAUGUUCAACAAGAUUUCGGAGGAACGGAUGACAUCCAUAGUCCUGAAGGCUUGUGAGAAUCGCCUCGGAAACCAGUCACCGGAGUGUCAAGCUAUUGCAAAGGUGUUUUUACCUCCAGUUUUCAAGUUCCUACGCACCAUGAAUCCAGAUGCUUUCUGUGCCCACCUGAAGCACUGCACACUUGUUGGUUCUACAAAGCUAGAGGUUCCCGUAUUCGCCAAGGCAAAUGACGAUCUCACCUGUGAUUUUUGUAAGCAGCUAGUGGAGCAUUUGAGACAAAUCCUGGCAUCUAAUGCAACUCAGGAAGAGCUGAAAGAAGCCUUCCUGAACUUCUGCGAAGAGCUGGGUUCAGCAGCCGAGGAGUGCCAGAAACUGCUCGAUGAGUACUUUGACAUGGCAUACUCCUAUCUUCUCGAGGCACUUACCCCCGAUGAGUUCUGCGCCGCCAUUGGCUUGUGCCAGCAGACCUCGAAGGGAGGUAUGAACUCGCAGGAGAAAGCCAUGAACAAGGUUAUUAUGAAGCUCUUCCCAUCGUCGGAACAACAAAAGAAGCACCUCCUGAAACUGAAGCUGAAGAAGUAUGGGAAAGUCGGCCCUUCCUACAAGUCGGUCAAAUCUAUGCCUCUCGUGAAAGUGGUUCCUGCACUGCCUGCAAAGUACCUGGAGGCUAACACAUCUGCUGCCUUGCCAAUGGUAAAGCUGUUUCCCUCCCAGAAAACGAAAGCGGGUGACAUAAUCACCUGCUCCCUCUGCAAGUCUCUCAUCAACCUCGCUGAGCAGCUUCUCCCUGGAAACAUGACCGUGGAGGCCAUUGCUGACCUCCUGGAUUACAUCUGCGACCUGUUUCCUGCUAGUGAAGAACAACAGUGCAAAGCGUUCAUAGACACUAACAGGGACAUCAUCAUCAAGUUCCUCACCGAAGACGCCGCUCCUGAAGUCAUUUGCCACAUGAUCACCCUCUGCAGCGCGCCUCCGGCGCCAAGAGUUUCCCCUUAUUCAGACUGCGACUUUUGUCAAGACAUUGUCCAGUUCUUGUACAGCGAGUUGAAGAACAACAGCACUGAGGAAGAGCUCAGACAGCUUUUGGAAGGCGUCUGCCGACUGUUUCCGGGAGAGAGUGGGAAGAAGUGCCUCGGUGUCGUGGACACCUACUUCAACCUUGUCAUGUCCAUGAUCCUCCAGGAGUUCACACCAGACCAGAUUUGCAAGCAGCUUGGUUUCUGCCCAUCCUCAAAGCAAGCACCGUCGUCAAUUCACGCCAUUCCCCAGCCCACGAAGCAAGUCAUUAACCAGAAAGUUUCGGAUUCCGAGUGCGACAUGUGCGUCAAUGUCGUUCAGUUUGUGUACAGCGAGUUGAAAGACAAUGCCACCGAGGAGGAAAUUAAGCUGCUUCUGGACAAAGCUUGCAGUCUGUUUCCUGGGGAGACCAGACAGAAGUGCAUCAACAUGGUGAACACUUACUUCGACAUGCUUGUGUCGCUGCUCACCCAGCAGUUGUCUCCCGAUCAGAUCUGUCAAGCACUGGGCUUCUGUGCAAACUCAAAGCAAGUGCUAUCUGUCCACCCCGGUCCCCUGCCCGAAGGUCACACUAAGAAGGAUAAGUCGGGUUCCGAGUGUGACAUGUGCAUCACCGUCGUACAAUAUGUGUACAGCCAACUGAAGAAUGAAAGCACCGAGGAGGAAAUUAAAGAAUUUCUGGACCAGGCAUGCAGUUUCUUUCCCGAGGAGAGCAGACAGAAGUGCGUCAACAUGGUCAACACUUACCUCGACAUCAUCGUGUCACUGCUUAUCCAGCAGACGACUCCCACUCAGCUCUGCCAAAUUGUGGGCUUCUGUCCAAACUCGAAAAAAAUGCCAUCGUCUGUCCACCCCGUUCCCCAGCCCAAAGUGCACAUUGUCAAGAGUAGGUCGGGUGCUGAGUGUGACAUCUGCAUCAACGUUGUCCAGUUUGUUUACAGUGAACUGAAAGACAACGCCACGGAGGAAGAAAUCAAGCAACUUCUGGACAAAGCUUGCAGCCUGUUGCCCGGGUCAAGCAAACAGAAGUGUAUCGACAUGGUGAACAAUUACCUCGACAUGCUCGUUGCACUGAUCAUCCAGCAGUUAUCUCCCGAUGAGAUCUGCCAAACGUUGGGUUUCUGUCCAAGCUCCAUCGCGGCAUCCCCAGUCGUGACGAGUGCUUCGCAUUUCUCAAAACAAGGCAUCCCCAAAGUAACCUUUGGUGGAGAGUGUGAAAUCUGCAAAAACGUUGUCCAGUUCGUCUACAACGAAAUGAAAGACAAGUCAUCCGAGGAGGAGGUCAAGAAACUUCUAGAUGGUGUCUGCAAUCUGUUUGCUGAAACUGAGAGGCAGGAGUGCGUCACUCUGGUGAAUACCUACCUUGAUGUCCUGGUGCCCAUGUUGCUGAACAAGUACACCCCAACUCAGAUCUGCCAGAGCUUGCACUUGUGCCCGAAUGCGAGAGCCACUUCACUACCAUCUGCUCCCAAGAAUGUGUCCCCGAAAAAGAUGGCGGAUCCAGAUCCAGAGUGCGACUUCUGUCAAAGCAUCGUCAAGCUUGUACAUGAUGAGCUGAAGGACGAGAAAACAGAGGCGGCCGUCAAGAAGGUUUUGGACCACGUGUGCGACCUCUGUCCUACCAGGCAGAAGUGCAUCACCUUUGUCAACACAUACUACGAACGCCUUGUCUCCUUGCUGCUUCAGGAGAUGGAUCCAAACCUGAUUUGCAAGGACUUCCUCCACCUGUGCUCCGAAGGUCCUCGUGGAAAUUUCGAGUGCACCUUCUGCAACUACGCCCUCCAUUUCAUCCAGAACCAGCUGGUAGACAAUGUUACCGAGGCGCGCGUUCAGGAGGUUUUGGACAAGCUUUGCGACGAACUACCCGAGCAGUUUGCGGAUGAGUGCAGGGCGUUUGUGGAGGAAUACGGACCAGCUCUGAUGGUGUUGCUGGCUCAGGAGCUGGACCCAAGCAUCGUGUGUGUAGCCAUCAAAGCCUGCCCCAAAGACGGAAUCCGGAGACAACCUGAGGCCUUUGUUGCGGAUGGCAAGCUGAGCAAAUGUGACACAUGCACAACGGUUGUGGAUUAUGUUGAGAAGAUUCUGCAAAGCAAGCCCAAUGACAAGGAGAUCAGCAAACUCAUUGAGAACGUCUGCAAGGCAGUGCCUAAGAACAUGCAGUCCGAUUGUGCAUCCUUGGUUGACCUGUAUGGACCCUACCUGCUCGACGCCAUCGGAAACAUUGGCAACAGCCAUGAAAUCUGCAAGUUUGUCGACAUGUGCUCGGAUGGGACCGAGCAGUCAAAGCUUCUCGGCGCCAAGCAAUGCACGGAAGGUCCGUCAUACUGGUGCGGAACCCCCGAACAGGCAGCGUCUUGCAACGCACAGGAGUACUGCAAGAAGAAAGUAUGGAAGCAGUAGCAAUGUUUUCGUUUGUUAGUUUGUUCCUGCAUGGAGAACUGGAGCACAAAGUUUUAAUGUUCCCUUAGUUGUUUUAUUAUUGACCUUCUGUUAAUUCUUUUGCUGCUAGCUUUAUUUUCGAUGUGGCAGUUUUUUGUGUUCGAUGGUGCCCUUUUACUCAUUUUCAACGGGAGAAUUAUCUUGAAUAAAACGUUUUGCUA